AUGCCCCGCUCAUUUUUGGUGAAGAAGAUCAAGCUUGAUGAUUUCUCUUCGUCCAAUGUGGCCACCUCCAAUCAUCAUCACCACCUGGACGACUCGUUCACUUUUGCACGCUCCAUCACAGACUCGGUGACCAGCCUUGGGGUCCGUCUUAGUGAGAAUGGCUACAUCCAGGAUUACAUCACGCCAUCUGUAUACCAGGAGGAGAAGAAGAUGGAGCACAAGCUGGCCUCGCCGGUGUCAGACCCCCUCUACACUCAGGUGAGCAGUGGAGGGGAGUACUGCGACCCCGACCUGAAGCACCCCGACAGCCCGCAGUCUGGCAUGACGGCCAGCGGCUUCUACAGUGGUGAAUCAGAGGCCCUGGCCGAGGGUUACACCAUGGAUGCCUUCUUCAUCUCUGACGGGCGAUCGAGGCGGAAGGGAGACAGCGAGAGUCGGGGAGGGGGCUCUAGAAGCAGCAGCGCCAACGGCGGGGCUCAGGAGAGAGGGGUAGCCGGCACGGCUCGCCACACCUGCAACGAGUGUGGCAAGACGUACGCCACCUCUUCCAACCUCAGCAGACACAAGCAGACGCACCGCAGCCUGGACAGCAAGAUGGCCCGCAAGUGUCCCACCUGUAACAAAGUGUACGUGUCAAUGCCUGCGCUGGCCAUGCACAUCCUCACCCACGACCUCAAGCACAAGUGCGACGUGUGCAGCAAGGCCUUCAGUCGGCCGUGGCUCCUCCAAGGUCACAUGCGCUCGCACACGGGGGAGAAACCCUUUGCCUGCGCGCACUGUGGCAAAGCCUUUGCUGACCGUUCAAACCUCCGCGCCCACAUGCAAACACACUCUGCCUUCAAGCACUACCGAUGCAAGCGCUGCAAUAAGACCUUCGCUCUCAAGUCCUACCUGAACAAGCACUAUGAGUCAGCUUGCUUCAAGGGCUCUGCAGACGAAGACGACUCUGGAUCAGAAAACUAA